AUGGCACUUGGCACAGUGGGUAGUGGGGGUCUGGAGGCCGCGGGAGCUGGUCCGGGCCGGAGGGCGGGUCGAGUUCCUAUCUGGCCUCUCCCAGCGCAGCCCCAGGCUCCGUUUCCCUUAGAGUCCACUUACCCUCCCACGUCAACCGCACCCCUGAUCCCCCACUUGGGACUCUCUCCCUCAAUACCCCACUGUCUACUCCUGCUGCCCCCGCCCACCCAAGUCUUCCUACCCCUCACUGUAGAACCCCUCGUGACCUCCCUUGUGGAACCCCUUUCUCGGGACCCUGCGCCAUGGAUCCCCUGGCUGAUACCUCUUGUGCUCCUCAGGGCCCCCAACUGCCGCCCCUGGUUUCUCUUGGAAGGCAGUAAGAGCGAGCCCUGGGCUGCUCUGCUGCGGAGCAGUGUGAGCUGGAACGUGGAUUUGACCCCGAACAGUCAGCCAUUGCCACCACUGCCUGCUUUUCCCAGCCAGGAGUCACUGCCUGACCCAGAGCCCACUGUGGCUCCUGAGGUCUUCUUUACUGUGGGAUCCAAGACCUUUUCCUGGACGCCUUUUCCACCUGCCCUUGGUGUCUCUGGAAACUCUUACCGGUUGUUCCACGGGACUGGAGGCUCCCUGGAGUCACCUACUCCACCCCUGAGAGCAUGUCCUGCACCAGAUUCUACUCAGACUCCUGGCACCCAAGAGUGUGUGUCUGUGCAUAGUCCACCUGCGUUGCUGAGCUGCCCAUUGUGCCAGAAGGCAUUUGAUCCCACGCUGGCCCAGAUGGAUGUGGAUAGUCACCUUGCUCAGUGCUUGGCUGAAAGCACGGAAGACGUCGUGUGGUGAGCUGCAGGAUGCCUCUCCUGUCUCCUCCUUCCAGCGUACAUGCUGACAGGGAUGUGACUGCUGAGACGUGUCUUCGUGUGGACACCUGAGCACAGGUUCCUUCUGGUUUUGUUCAUGGGCAUUGGGCAUAAUGCUGAUCACUGUGGUGCAGACAGCAGUAGGUCCUCUAUGAUGGUUUGUUUCAUUGUCAGCUUAACUGGGUAUGGAAUCACCUAGGAGACAGACCGCAGGGUGUGUCUGUGAAACUGUUUCCAGAGAUUAACUGAGAAAGGAAGAACCACCUUGAAUGUGGAUGGUACCAUUCUGUGGUCUAGGGUCUCACUGAUUGAAAAGGGAAAAAAGAGAGAAAUUAAGCAGCUUCCCGAUUGGGGCUGUGAUGUACUUCUCACCUGCCACCACAGCUACAGCUGCUUUUGCUACUGUGCCUUCCCUGCCACAAUGGACUAUACCUUCAACCGUGAGCCAGAAUAAAUCUUAAGUUGCUUUCAUCAAGUAUUCUGCCAUAGCAAGAAGAACCCCACCCAGGCAGGAGAGCCAGGAUCUGUCACAAGGCAGAAUUGGGUAUCUCUACCCAAGUAAACAUUUGUACACAGACAGUACUUUCUCCUGUGCAAGAGUGAUAUGCUGAAUUACAUUUCACAGACAUUAAAAAAUAAAGGUAAUCAUAUGUA